AUUGCAAUUUGCAAAGGCGUGCAGUGGCCGCUUACGGCAUAGUACUGUCUGCCUCCACCUACGGCGUGCAGGAGUGAGUAGGUAGACAAGUCUACGACCAGGAUACACGCGCACCAUGUCAUACUGGAGCAGCAGAUCACACUUCGCCGGCGGCCAGAACAACGGCAACGACCAGCAGGACGGGUACGGUGGCGGCCAGCCGCAGUAUGAAGCAACCGGCGGCGGCAAGAAGCGCGGGUCCUCGAGGCUGAAGAAGACCAGCGGCAACAAGAAAGACGCCGACGCCGACGACGACUACCCCAAGUCGUACGCCAACGGCAGCACCGACGAGGCCGAUGACAACCGCUACAACAACAGCUACGGCGGUAGCGACGACUACAACAGCGGCGGCGGCGGCAACCGCUACAACGGCGGCAGCGUAGUCCUAGGCGCGCCCUACUACGGCGGCGGCGGCGGCGGUUACGGCAACAGCUCCCCCUACGGCGGCGGCGGCGGCUACGGCAACAGCGCCCCCUACGGCACUGGCGGUGACGGCGGGGCGUUCUGGGCUCCGCAGGACGGCACCAGGUCCCCCUUGUACAUCAGCACCAGGGAGGUGCACGUGUACGGCGGCGCGCCGGGGUACGACAACGACGGCCAGAGCAACGACCAGAGGAGGAGAGGCGGCGGCGGGUUCUUCGGCCCGGCGUUCCACGCCGUCGGCCACUUCUUCGACCGCAAGUUCGGUCUCAACGACAGGGACUGACGCGCCUAAGGCAUGCCCUUCAUGCUCGCCUCGGCCGCUCGGCGACAGAUCUAUCUGCGUGUAAUUUCACACCUUCGACCGUACUACCUGGCCUAUAGCUAUUGUGCUAAGCUACUUUUCCAACAAAAAAAAACAAACUCAGUGUUAAGCUCUAGGCUCUAGCUAGAGCUUACCGGGAUCUGUUCAUUGUGUCAAAAGGGGUGCAGCUUGGUAUACGUUUUCGUUUACAAUUCCGAGCGCGCCAGUGUUUUUUUCCUAUCCUUUUCUUGUUGUAUCGAUGUACUAUACUACAUGUCUGAACUCUGAAGAAUGCAGAUGGUUAAGUAUACAUUUUAUCGUGUCCUUGGUGAUGAUUUGUAUAAGGUAUAGCGAUUGAGAUUAAUAAUAAUGCAAGUCCUCAA